AUGGAUGACGUGAUUCAAAUUAAUUUAAGAGGUACUGAAUUCCUUUCCUCGUCUCCUUUUGUAAAAGACUUUUUGCAUACCCUUGUUACAAAAGACAGCGCAAUCAUUCGUCAAAAUGGACAAAUCUAUGUGGACAGAAAUCCAUUUAUUUUUCACCAUAUCUUAGAUUAUUAUUGUGGUGGCGAAUUCCAUCUACCAAAGAAUAUCUGUCCACUUCAGGCACAAAAAGAAAUCGAGUUUUGGAAGAUACCCCCAAAGGAUAUUCCAACAUGCUGUUAUGAAGUCCUCUACAAUGAAAAUGAAUCGCAAUAUACCGCCAUCGAGAACUUAGAGAGCGAUUUGAAAACCCAGACGAAGCAAUCAAUUUCGCCUAUAGUAACAGGCCCUCAGGCUAAUAAUUGUGUUGGAAGACUUCGAUACAUGCUACUGGAAGCACAUUUACAUCCAUUUUCUACGUGGACCGGAAGGAUAUGGAUUUGUGUUUUGGCCUUAAUCACAAUUACUUCUAAUAUCACGUACUUGUUCAAUAGUGACAAUCAUUUCCGAGUACCCCGCGAGGGACUGCAGGUUCUUCCAGGCAAUUACACCUUCGACAUGUCCCUGAAUGAUAAAGAACUGGUUUUCUUAAGAACAACACGUGAACCUAUUAAAGGUGCCUUGGAAAUUAUUACAAACUCCGUACUCUUACUCGAUAUUUCGCUGAAAUUUGUUAUAACUCAUCAAAAACUGAAGUUUGUAUUGAACGUGCAAAAUAUUUUGGAAAUAGCCACUGGGAUAGCAGCAUAUCUGGUUUUCUACUAUGAUGUCAACCUGUUAAGCAUGAUGGAUGGUAACAAUUUGAAUAAUUUCUUUAUCGUGGUUGGUGUGCUUCAAGGUUUACGAGUAGUUCGUAGUUUACGUUUAGUUGAAUCCACACCAGAAAUGAAGAUAUUAAAAUUAUCGUUAUACAAGAGUUGGCGAGAGUUUCUUUUGCUAUUGGUAGUGCUUACGUCUUUUUCCCUCAUCUUCGGAUCGGCGAUUUUCUGGAUGGAGCUUGAGGAGCCCGAUACAUUUCCAAACAUCUUUGUCAGUAUUUGGUGGGGUAUAAUUACAAUGACUACCGUAGGAUAUGGAGAUUUUUACCCCAAGUCAAGUGGCGGGUACUUGGUUGCCAUUAUUGCAGCUGUUUUCGGUCUGAUGCUUUUGGCCAUGCCCAUCACAAUUUUAGCAUCCAACUUUAACAGUUUUUAUAACUGUUAUAAAUACAGGAAAAGACAUUUACUUUCUAAGUAGUUAUCAAACACAGUCUGCAUCAUGGAACAGUGUACUCCACGACAUCUUUAUUAUGCCAGUCUAAUUACUGGGUAAGUCUUCGAAAGACCCAAGAACGGAGGACCAAAUUAAACGUUUCUCAAAUGUCUGUGCUCAUUUGAUCGAAUACUUGAUGGACGAAAUGUACGUUUCAUUACACUUUUCAUGAUUCAUGUUUGUUAUUUCUGCAUUGCUUUGCCACGAUGCAGACAAGUUAAUUUCAUUAGUGCCUAACGAAUACAGUGUAUGCGGUGGAAUGUGACUUCAAUCGAUGAAUAUUGUGUUGGUGACUUUGCAUGAUAUUGUAUAGACAUAAAGUAUAUCAUAUCUCCAUAUGAUCGUUGUGCUCGUGAUCUUCCAAAUCUCAAUGCAGCAUUUCAUCACAUCAGAAUGGAACCUUUGGACCUCACAUUUUGACACUUGCAAUAUUAAUUGCUAUUCAUGCUUUUUGGCAUGUAAACUUUUGGUUUUGGUAAAGGGUCAUUUUCAUUUAUUGCACUACUCUUUAUAACUCAUAUCUAUAUUUGUUUAAUGCGGAGCUUCUGUAUAAUAAAAUGGGUGUUGCUACAACACGGAACGGAA